UUUAUCCAUAAUUAAUGGAUACAAAGAUACAAUGUUUCAAAAGUAUUGACAAAAAAUGGAUGAGUAAAAACAGAAUAUUUAUGGUGCAGUACAAGUUAUAACCAGUAGAGGCGGUGCAGCACCCUGGGGACAAUCAUACGCGCCAGAGGAAGCCAGCGAGAGGCUGUGACUGGAGCGGGUUGUUUGAAUCUUGUUUUGGUCUUCUUCAUAACAUUUCCGGUGCAGAGAUGGAAGGAUUGUCGGUCAGCUCUCAAUCAGCCAAUCAGAGCAUGGUGCAGGUGAACGUGGAGGCGGGGCUUCAGGAUGGGGGCGGGGCCAGCCAGUGGAGCACUUACUGUAAAGAGGACCUGAUGAGAGGAGGGGAGGAGCUGUCCUUUGAGGAGCUGCGGGCCAAAAGAUACUACCAGCAGACAGAGAAGGAGAUAGAAGAGAAGAUGAGACACCUGAAGCAGCAGAAGGAGGAGCUGAGUCAGGAGCUGGAGGAGAAGAAGAGCCUGCUGCUCAAAAAGUCCCAAGAGAUCAGCAACGUGGAUCAACCUGCUGCUGCUCCCUUCAAAAUACUGGAUGAGUCUGGUUCCGAAGAGUUCGCCGGGAAGUCGGGUCCGUCCUCAGACGAGCUGCCAGAUGACGUCUUCCUGCGACCCGAUGAGAAGGGGCUCUGUGUGAGGGUCCAGUUUCCAACAAAACCCAAUCAGAACCAGCAGCAGAACCGGCCACCAGAUCAGGCUGGUGGUUCUUAUGUGUUCGGUCUGAUCUCAGGUCAGCCGAGUUGGACCGAGCGGGACCUCCGGGCCGAGCCGGACCUUGGUUCUCAGGAAAACGUCUCUCAGCCCAAAAAGCAGCUGAGCCCCAUAGAGGAGAUCAGUGUGGAAGCAGCAUCCCUCCCUUCUCCUGGAGAACUGUCUGGGGGGAACUCCAGUCCACUGGACCAGAACCAGGAGCAGCACCAGGACCUGGAGAAGAACCAGGACCAGAACCAGUAUAAGGAGCAGAACCAGGAGCACAACCGGCAUAAGGAGCAGAACCGGCAUAAGGAGCAGAACCAGGAGCAGAACCGGUAUAAGGAGCAGAACCAGGAGCAGAACCGGUAUAAGGAGCAGAACCAGGAGCAGAACCGGCAUAAGGAGCAGAACCAGGAGGAUCUCAGUCGGUCUCAUGCUGUGGAUCCCUGCGACCCGGAAGUCCGUAGACAGCUGUUGGAUAUUUUUGACAUCACUUCCUCUCCAAACGUUCACCCGGAGCAGCGCCCCCUACCUGCUGUUGAGGCGUGCAGCGUUCUGGACCUCGGGGGCGACACAUUCUUCAUUCGAAGCAGACUUUUGGACAGAGGCAGCGUCUCCAUCUUCAGAGCAGCUGCAGAGAAUCAGUCUGUGUUUAUAAAGGUGGAGCGCUGCUCGGCCCCCUGGGAUUUCUACCUGUUCACCCGCCUGAAGGAGAACUUGCCGUCUGCUGACAGAGCUGCUCUGAUCAGCUGCUUCCUGUUUGAGGACGGCUGCGUCACCGUCUACAGGCUGCCUGCAGACCACCAGCUCACUGUGUUGGCGGACUGCGGCCCGGAUCCGGCGUGUGUUGGCGUGAAAGCCGUCAGGCUGCUGGAGCUGGUGCUGCAGCUGCAUCGCUGCAGCCUGCUGCAUGCGGGGCUGCAGCCCGGCAUCCUGGCCUCCUGCGGCGCCGCGGCGUCCCGGGACUGGCUCUUCCCGCUGGACUGGUCGUCCUCGCUGGACCUGGAUCUGCAGAAAGACGUCCGGUCCGUCCAGCAGGUCCCGUCCGCUCAGGCCUACCUCAGGCUGGGUCUGCUGCAGCCCGCCGACCCGCCUCACACCGUGGACCUGGUGGGCGUGGCUGAAACUAUCUACUUCCUGUUGACCAACAGCGAGAUGAAGCCAGAGAAACUCGGCAGCAGCUGGACAGUGGAGCACGACGUCUUCACGUCGACCUGGCGAAAGUUUUUCUGUUCGCUGCUGAACGCCGGCGGUCGCUCUUCCGUCUCCGUCCUGUCGGAGCUGAAGGACGAGCUUUCCAAGCUUUAUCUGUGAAGCAUCUGUGUGUCAUGUUGUCUGUUUAAUAUUUGGUUUCAUUAAUAAAUAAAGUAAAACACUAUUUGUUGCA